GGUUCAGUCCCCCCCGUAAGGAGUUUGGUUCUGUCCAGGGGACAGACAUCAUGUGACAGGUAAAGUCAUCAGCUGACAGCCAAACUUUGGACCUUGAUCCACCUACUUUGGUCAUCAACAAUUAAUACUGGACAAAAACAGCAUUGACAGAACUACUGAAGGGUAAAGCUCAUGCUAUAACACGUUCAUUAGUUCUCAUUACAGUGCAUUGUGGUGGUACGCUCUACUGUUGAAAAGUUUGUCACAUUCGUAAACUCGAGAUCCGUAUUACAUGUCCAUAGAACUAUAGAACUUGAAUAGAACAGUACUCUCCUAUCAACAGUUGAACCACACCUCUGGUUACGCUCAACCGUGAGUUGUCGACGAUGGCACACACGUGCACUCAGCUGUCCCGGGAAUUCGUCCUUCUGUGCUGGAUGGUCGCGGUUGCAGUUCUUGCUGAAGUGGGGUCCGUGCCUUAUCCGCCGCACGGGUCGGUGACCGAAAGUGACAGGACAACACCUUUACCUACUACAAGGCUUGGAAGGAGAGACCCGGAAGAAGACAUGACACCGACCCAGCUCAUCACCAGUAAAGGUUACCCCUGUGAGGACCACUAUGUCACUACAGAUGACGGCUUCAUCCUCAACAUGCAGAGAAUCCCACAUGGAAGGAAUGCACCAGACAGCACAGAGACGAGGCCCGUUGUUUUCCUGCAACAUGGACUUCUGGGAGCAUCCACCAACUUCCUGACCAACCUAGCCAAUGAGAGCCUGGCGUUCAUCCUGGCGGAUUCCGGAUGUGAGGUGUGGCUGGGGAACGUACGCGGAAACACGUACUCCAGAAAUCACACCUCGCUGAAACCCAGCGAGGCCAAGUUCUGGGCAUGGAGUUGGGAUGAGAUGGCGAGGUACGACCUUCCCAAGAUGCUGACCCACGCGCUGAGCGUGACCAACCAGACGCAGCUGUACUACGUGGGCCACUCCCAGGGGACCAUGAUCGGGUUCGCAGAGUUCUCCAGGAACCAGGAGCUGGCCAGGAAAGUCAAGACCUUCUUCGCGCUGGCUCCCGUGACGACGGUGGGGGACAUCAAGUCGCCCAUCAGGCAACUGGCUAAUUAUGUGGAUCCUAUUGAGCUGCUGUUUGACGUUCUGGGUACCCACGAGUUCUCCCCCAGCUCUGACUUUAUGCAUUUCCUCGGACAAGACGUGUGCGACCAACCUGUACUGGAUGUCGUGUGCGAGAACGUUCUCUUCCUCAUCGGCGGGUUCAACUACGGAAACACAAACAUCUCCAGGAUCCCUGUGUACGUGAGCCACUCCCCUGCCGGCACCUCUGUACAGAACAUGGUACAUUACACACAGGCAGUGAAGGACCACAAGUUCCAGAUGUAUGAUUAUGGUCUGGUGGAAAACCUGCUGAAGUAUAAUCAGGCGACCCCACCGAAGUAUUACCCGGAGAACAUGACAGUCCCGGUGGCCCUGUUCACAGGAGAACAGGACUGGCUCGCCGACCCGAAAGACGUGGCCACCCUCCUUCCCAGGCUGAAAAACAAGGUCUAUGUGAAGGACAUACCAGAAUGGCAACACCUCGAUUUCAUCUGGGGCAUGGACGCUCCCCAGAAAUGUUACAAGGACAUAAUAGACAUCAUCAAGAAGCAGAAAGGGUGACAGCCUGUCCACCCCUACUUACAAGUAGUUACUUCUGGAUUACUAUCAGUAUUGUUAUAUCUUUGGGCCAGUCCAUUGUUAUGAUGGGGAAUCCUGUCAUAAAUCAACACAUUAUAAACAUUUUAGAUGCCAAAACAAUAUCAAAGCUGUGUAACCUUUAUGAGCCAACAGUAAGUUUGUGGGAUACUGUAAAUGUUUGCGGUGGUCUUAUUUUCGCGGUUUUCGUGGUAGCCACUUUUAAAAC